AUGUGCUCAGGCAGGUCAACAAAGCAACGCCGUGUGAAGGUCGUUCUGUUAUAUCGCUCGCGCUUUCUCGCUAUUUUGCCUUUCUUCGGCGUCCAUCUGAUAUCGGCCCUUCACUUCUCAGAGAGACCUGGACGCUCGAGUGGAGACUGCUUCCAAGUGCCUUCACCUAGCCAGCUUGAUCAGACGCCCCUGCACUCGACAUGGAUGAUCCAACGCAUAUGCAAGAUAAUAAUAACAGAAACGAUGAAAUCGAAGACGAUGAGGGGGAAGACGAGGUCCCCAAAAGCGGGGGUCUGACCCAGGAGUGGGAGGACUUGCACAUCAAGGACGCGCUCUCCCGGUGGCUUGCGCAGUAUGACAGUACAGACGCCCAAGAAGUACGCGCCGCGAGGAACUUCGUGACAGCAUGUACCAAUUUCUUUGAAUAUCUGCAUCUCGGCGAGGACGGGCCUCAAUCCUACAGUUAUUCCAUCAGACACUUUCUUGAGAGCGUGAAUGCGGUCGAAAUUUACCUGCACAGGCACGAGAGCCAGGUCUUCGCCCUGCACGCCGCCACCACCGUCAAGCACAUGCGCCGCUUCCUAGAAUUCGCGCUCGACCGCGACCUCAUGCCGGAGACCCCGCAGGAGGCGCGCAAGGAGAUCAUCUUCGCGCUGCACUGCGUGCGCGCGGCGCGCGCAUACGCGACGCUGAGCGCGGCCUUCCAUGCGGCGUUCGUUGUCCAUCCGGUGCCGUUCGUCGGGCAGCCUGGUGUGCGCAAGUGGUACGCGCAGCUGCUGGUGCACGACGUGCGCGCGGACUGUCUGAUCGUGGGCCGCACGGGGAGGCGGGAUGAGCUGGGGGAUGGGAUAGAGGAUCAGGAGAUGGACCACUCCGACCUGCCGCCGGAUCCGCUGAAGAUAUGCGUCCCCAAGGCGGCAAGUAUCCUCAUACAGCCCACGGACACGAUCCUUGCGUACUUCUAUCGCGUCGAUGCAGACCACUUCGUCCUUGGUGAGGUUGUGGACUACAGGCCCUACGAUCUCGCGCACAGAUUUAUGACAUAUGAGGACGACGACGAGGCGGAAGAGAUCCCCUUCACCGCCCCCAUUCGCGAGCCGCUCCGCGCGCGCUCGCUCGACCCCGCCUUCCUCGUCGCCGCCGACGGCCGCGCGGACGUCGUUCCGGGGACCAUCAUCCCCGUCGAACCCAACGCGAACGAGAUCUCCGCCGUGCCCUUCAGAAUCGACGACAGCGGGUAUCGGAACCGGGAGGACCGGGAACUGUAUCCCCCUGACGACUCCUGCAUCGAGGCGCUCGCGCCGCCGUUCGCGGUGUGGGGGCCCGACGGGCUGCCGCUGCACCACAUGCGGCGCGCGCGCGACGACCCGGCGGCGGGCGAGGCGGACACGGUCCUCGCGCACGACGACGUGGGGUACAGGGCGCGGCGCGCGCGGCUGCUCGCGCUCCCGGGCCCGUUCGAUGUGCCCGGGAUUCCUGUGUACCCGCAGGGCGUCGACAUUGCGCUUCCUGGCCCCGACUACGAUGUCGCGCGCAUGGCGGGGCUGAUGGACGCGAGGCUGGCGAGCGUGCGGUCGGCGACGACGUUCUUGGGGAUUCCGACGAGCGCCGCACAGAGCCGGCCAGGCAUUCUGCCCAUGGGGCAUCCGGCGUAUCGCGUGUUCAACAUGCCGCCCUUGUCUGAGGCGUGGUACGAGGCCCGGGAGCCCAUGUAUGAGGAUGAGCCUAUGGAUUACUCUUAUACAUUUCGCUGCCGUCUGUUGGAUAAUGGCGAAGAAUGUCCAAUACACGAGUCAGUCGUCUCAAAUUAUCAGUAAACUCUGGGCAAAGUCUGUAACACCGAAGAGUUACUGUAUAUGAUCAGAAACAGCGGCAGGCAAUGGCUUUCAGAAUGUGAAGUCCCAGUUAGAUUUGUGCUACGCGUGCAAUGCACAUUCGCCACCUUCGGCCAUAAUAACACAGGGCAAAUAUUCAGAAAAGUCCUCGGGGUCGUCUUGAAAAACGCGAUCCCGGGCCUCGUACCAUGACUC